ACAUGUGGAAAAUUAUUCAUACGAAUUAGAAUUCAAUCCGAAGGGGUUAAGGAAAGGCUUCGAUUUAAUUACCUUUUAGUUCAGCGCACGGUGUCAUCGCGAUAGGUUCGAUACGCUCUUCGGUUUUGAAACACUAUACAGACGUUGUUAGUUGAGAUCGUUCAGAGCACAGCAGUGAGAAAAGUGUAGCAUGAGCCGUAGUCAAAAAACCAACGAUUUUUCCGGCUCUGACCGAUCGUGUACAGCGAGUUCUACAGUAUGCAUCGACAGUGGCAACCCUUUGUAUCAUGACGUAUACCGGCGGUCUAUAGAGGAGCCUCAGGCGUUCUGGGGAGAGCUUGCCGAGAACCUAAUUGAUUGGGACAAACCGUGGGAUACUGUGGUCGAUGACAGCAACCGACCGUUCACCAAAUGGUACGUCGGCGGUCAGCUCAAUGCUUGUUACAAUGCUUUGGAUCGACAUGUACAGAAUAACAAGGGAAAUAAGGUGGCGCUUAUUCACGAUAGCCCCAUGACAAAUACCAUCCGUCGAGUAACCUAUAACGAGCUUUAUGAAAAGGUCUCUCGGCUAGCCGGUGGAUUAAAGAAAUUGGGCGUCAAAAAAGGAGAUAGGGUCGUCAUUUACAUGCCUUUGAUUCCAGAAGCAAUUAUGGCAAUGCUAGCUACAGUUAGACUUGGUGCUAUACAUUCGGUGGUAUUUGGAGGUUUUGCCGCUAGUGAGCUAUGCACCCGUAUUGAACAUGCUGAACCAAAGGUUAUUAUUGCGGCAAAUUGUGGAAUAGAGCCCAACAAAAUAAUACACUACCUGGAUAUUCUCCAUGAAGCCGUUGAAAUGUCAAAGUGGAAACCUCGCACCAACGUAAUAUUCCAACGUAUCAAUAUUCUGAUUUCCGAUUUGGACAAACGAAUGGACGUGUCGUGGGAAUCUACACUAGAUGAGCCAACGGGAUGUGUACCUGUGGAAGCCAAUGAUCCCCUUUAUAUUUUGUACACUUCCGGAACAACUGACAAACCAAAAGGAAUUACUCGUCCAACGGGAGGCCAUCUGGUAACGUUGAUGUAUACUAUGGAUACAAUAUAUGGAGUACAACCAGACGAUGUUUGGUGGAAUGCAUCGGAUCUGGGAUGGGUAGUUGGUCACUCAUACAUAUGCUAUGGGCCAUUGCUCUACGGUGCUACUAGUGUAAUGUAUGAAGGCAAACCAGAUCGAACACCGGAUCCUGGGCAGUAUUUCCGGUUGAUCGAUCAACAUAAAGUAACGGCCCUUUUCUCGGUGCCAACGUCGUUUCGAGUAUUGCGACGUACUGAUCCUGACGUCAAGUAUGGCAAGAAAUAUAGCAUGAAAUCCCUACGCACAAUUUUCAUUGCUGGAGAGCAUUGUGAUUCCGAAACAAAGAUGUGGAUAGAGAAGACCUUUAAAGUGCCUGUUCUGAACAAUUGGUGGCAAACUGAAACAGGAUCAGCCAUGACCGCCACAUGUGUUGGUCUUGCUCAAAAUCUAAAUCCUCCAAAUUUCACAACUGGUCUACCAUUCUGUGGAUACGACAUUCGAGUUCUACACCCAGAUGGAACUGAAGCCGAUCCCAAUGAAUUAGGCCGUUUGGUGGUGAAACUUCCGCUUCCGCCAGGAACCAUGUCUACCCUGUAUAGGAACGCCGAGUUGUUCGAAAAUCUAUACUUCCAGAAAUACCCGGGCUAUUACGACACCAUGGAUGCUGGCUAUAAAGACGAGAAAGGCUAUAUUUACGUUACCGCUCGAGAUGAUGAUGUUAUAAACGUUGCAGGCCACAGAAUAUCAACAUCGAGCUUAGAAGACGCAGUAUUGAGGCAUCCGGAUAUAGCUGACGCCGCUGUUUUUGGGGUGCCAGAGCCAACCAAAGGUCAAAUUCCGCUAUGUCUGUAUGUAAUAAAGGAAGGAGUGAGUAAAGCUACCGCCAAGCUAUCAGUAGAGCUAAUCACACUAAUACGGGAAGUUAUCGGCCCCAUAGCAGCAUUCCGACUAGUCGGCAGAGUCGACGGUCUUCCCAGGACUAGAUCAGGUAAAACUAUGCGAAAGGCAAUGGCAGAUUUCGCCGCCAAUAAAACGGUAAUUUUACCAGCAACCAUAGAGGAUGUUGAAGUCUUCGAAGACAUCAGACGAGCGUUACAGGAACUAGGCUAUGCCAUGAACGCGCCAAUGCCAGUCGUUGGGAAUAAAAAGUAGAUAUAUUUCUUUACCUAUCAUAUGAUUUUAGUGGCUUAUAGAUUUUAAAAUUUUCUUAACAAAUUUAGUUAAUUCAAACAUAACACAUUUUAUCCUAAAUUUAUAGUUAAUAUGUAUUAAAUAUUAUGUUAUUUUCAAGAUAAAACAAAUAUAUCUACGAUUCGUUUGAA